AUCUCGGAGUCACGUCACAUCCCAAUGCUCUUAAAAAGUUGUUACCACUGCUCGUCUGUGUAAUAGUGAUAUUCAUAGGAUCGAAGCGACACUGUCCAUAACAUAACCUAAAAUGUUGUGUAGACAACUAAUAUUUUCAGUCUUAAAAAAAAAGUCUUUAUACUCAAGGGUGCAGGCAAUCCACGUAGCAUUUGGAUAUACAGAUAAAUGUUGUAAUGUAAAAGAAUCAACCGUUUGCAAUGGCAUUGCUAGCCGAGAACGUAACCUACAAAUUAUAAAAAGAUUCAAACACGCAGGAAAAAAUUCGAAUAAAAAGCAAUCUGAAGAAGAAGAUGAUGAAGAUGAUGAUGAUGUUGCACAACAAGACAAAACUUUACCUACAAUAUCCGUGCGCGUAACAUCUCUUCGUGCAGAUCUUAUACUCAAAGCUGGAUUAAAUAUUGCCAGAAAUAAAGUGGAAACAGCAUUCUACGAAAGCAAAAUACGAAUUAAUGGGGAGAAACUACUGAAGAAAAGCUGUCAGGUGUACAUUGGGGAUGAAAUUGAUUUGAUACAUGGUCCUAGUCCUACGAACCCAAAAUUUUUAGUGGUAUCACGGGUUCAAUUAUUACAUGCAAAAGGAGAUAAUGAGAAUGAAAAUAUACGUGUUAAGUUAACGAAACAUAAAUCUCUAGUUAUUGAAAAUUACGAUGAUCCUUGGAAACCAACAGCAUCUACUGACAGCAUCUCCCAACAGCUAAGCUAACCGCACUGAUAAUUUGAAUUUUACAUUUCUUAAUUAAAUAUCUUGUAGGGUAAUAGAUCCAAUUUUCAGAAAAAAAAAUUCUUAUUCAACUUUAGGUCGCAACUA